CAAUACCACCUACCAUGUCUAUUUCCACAAUCGAACUCAAUGUGUACUUAGUCGAAAACUGGAAUACUGAGUCUCUUGUCAUUUACCUGCAAGAGCAGGACCUAAAACUUGAUGAUGAGGACUUUGCUAUUAUCCGUAAAGAAAAAAUCAAUGGCCUCUCCUUCCUCGAUAUGACCAAAGAAGAUUUCCAAAGUUAUGGAUUAAAAGGUGGUCCGGCAACACUUCUUGCAAAAGAGGUCAAGGUACUCAAGGACAAUACGAAAAGGGCAUACUCGUCAUAUCGUAGUUUGAAAGAUUUUAAAGCAGUCCUAGCGAAGUAUGGAAUUAUAAGUGGGGACAUAACUCGCAUUCCGCAAUUUACACCAGGUUUGGUUAUCUCUCCUCAGGCCAAUAUAGUUGGCGAAGAAAAUACUGGCUGUGUCGACUAUGCGAUUAAAAAAAUAAUUAAUGAAAUGUUGGAGGAAAUUAUUUGCAUCACCGAGGGUAAACAAAAUCAGGCCACGAUGGGUAUUUGCCAGAAUUUGAUGAAUCUAGAUAUGAUCAAGAAAAAGCGGAAGGUCGACGAAGCAUUGGAAGCUAAAUAUGACUAUGUCUAUGGUAUAGAGAAUGCGAAGCUGAAGAGGAUUAUCGAGGAGAAUGAAAAGCGCGAUGUUAAAGUCGAGGAAUUAGAGCAAAAGAAUAUAGAGCUUGAGACUAGGCUCGCUAUAUUAGAACAGGAAAAAGAAGAAAAAAGUAUUUAUAUUGUAGAGCAAUGGCUCUUCGAGCCUACGGAAGAUGUUUCGCACUCUCCAGUAAAAUCUAACGAUACUCUCAAACAGAUAGUGCUACAAUGUAGUGAUACUCCGGUAUCUGAUAUAACUGAUGACAUUUCUGAACAGGCAGUCUUGCAAAAUAAGGAUGCUCUGGCAUCUGAUGUAUCCAAUAAUAUUUCAAAUUCUGGUGAAUAUCAGUCUCGAGUCUCCAAUUCUAUACCACCUAUAUGUAGUAAUGAAGCUUCCGCUUCUCAAGCCCAAAACUCAUAUUCGGAUAGCUCGCCAAAAUCUCAUGAUGAAUUACACAUCAAACAAAUUUCGGAAUCGCAAUCUAUUCCUAACACUCCUAAUUUAUCUGAAGAAUCGUCAAAACAAAACACAGACUUACAGAAAACAAAAAUCCCUGAAAUAGACGUACAGCCUUUGAUAGAAGAAUUAAAAAUAGAAUCUUUAGUGAAAGAUACCGUUAAAGUUGUCAAUGUUGAUAAAAAUUCUACAGAUGAACAAUCACUCGCAAUCAAAUUGGUCCAUCUAUUUGAAAAAAUAAGCUUGGCAGAAAAUAAUACUAAACGAGCCAAGAUGGAAGAAAUUACGAGCUGCCUAUGA